AUGGCAAAGAAUGUUUGUGAUAGAAAUGAAGUAAAAAUUUUUGGAGAAAACAUCAGCCAAUCUCCAAAUAAUUCUGUGUUCAAAAGACCUAUGGACCCAUAUUACUCUGAAGGCCAUCAUUGCAAAAAGACCUUCAAAUGUAUUUCCUCACUAGAACAUCAUAACAGAUUCCACUGUAGAUGCAAUGCCAACCAGUGUAAGGAAUGUGGAGAAGUCAACAUAAACUCUUCUGUGAGAAUUUUUAUGGGAAAGCAAUGCUAUGAAUGUAAUGUAUGUGGUAAAGCUUUUAGUCAGUCCUCAAAUCUCACAGCCCAUAAGAAAACUCACAGAGGAGAGAGACCUUAUGAAUGUAAUGAAUGUGGCAAAGCCUUCGUUAGGUCUUCACACCUCACAGUACAUAAGAGAACUCACAGUGGAGAGAAGCCGUAUGAAUGUAAUAAAUGUGGCAAAGCAUUUAUUUGGUCUUCACACCUCACAGUUCAUAAGAGAACUCACAGUGGAGAGAAGCCGUAUGAAUGUAAUGAAUGUGGCAAAGCAUUUAUUUGGUCUUCACACCUCACAAUUCAUAAGAGAACUCACAGUGGAGAGAAGCCUUAUGAAUGUAAUGAAUGUGGUAAAGCUUUUAGUCAGUCCUCAAAUCUCACAGCCCAUAAAAAAACUCACAGUGGAGAGAGACCUUAUGAAUGUAAUGAAUGUGGCAAAGCCUUCGUUAGGUCUUCACACCUCACAGUUCAUAAGAGAACUCACAGUGGAGAGAGGCCUUAUGAAUGUAAUGAAUGUGGAAACACCUUUAGUCAGUUAUCAGGUCUCAUAAUGCAUAAGAGAACUCACAGUGGAGAGAGGCCUUAUGAAUGUAAUGAAUGUGGCAAAGCGUUUAUUAGGUCUUCACACCUCACAGUUCAUAGGAGAACUCACAAUGGAGAGAGGCCGUAUGAAUGUAAUGAAUGUGGAAACGCCUUUCGUCAUUUAUCAAGCCUCAUAAAGCAUAAUAGAGCUCACAGUGGAGAGAGGCCUUAUGAAUGUAAUGAAUGUGGCAGUAUCUUUCAUUUCUCCUCAAAACUCACAGAGCAUAUGCAAACUCACCGGAGAGAGAGACUUAAGAUUUGUGGAAAAAAAAGAGUCUGUGUUUAG